AUGAAGCUCUUCACUGCAGCGUUUCUGCUGCUUCUGCGGACGACAGAAUGUUCUGAGGUGGUGAGAGCAGGAGCAGAGGUGACUUUAGUCUGUGGUGAGGUCCAGCUGCCGCAGACUCAGUGCAACAAGACCACUUGGGUCAAGGCUGAAAAAACUGCAGUGGAGCUCUUCAAACUGGGACGGCCCAACCCCGAAGUGUCCUCAGAUCUGUCCAGUCGUCUGAGUCUCACUGAGGACUGUGGGCUGAAGAUCCAGGAUGUUCAGACUGAAGAUGGAGCAGACUAUCACUGUCAACAGUACGAGUCUAAAGAUGGACCUUUGACCUCUUCUGUUCCUGUGCCUCUGACUGUGGUCUCAUUGACUGAGGAAGAGGUGCAGCAGGGUUCCAAGCUCCAGUGUGAGGUCUUUGGGUCUGUGAUUGACGUCAGAGUGAGAUGGUUGUAUACAGGAGGAGUCGUGGAAGCAGGAAACCCAGAAGGACAUCUGUUCAAAUGUGAAGUGAUAAAAGGAGGAAAGAGUCACAACUUCAGCUUCACCAAAGAGGCUCCAGGUGACUCCAAGACAGAGGAGCGAGAGGAUGAAGAAGACCGGUCUGAGGAUCCGGGCUCCGUCUGGUUGUGGCCCCUGGUGUCUGUGGUGUCUCUGCUGCUUCUGGUUGUGGUCGUGCUGCUGGUUGUCUGCAGAGCAAAGACUCGAGCCCCGGCCCAAGAGGUCAGAGAAGACCUGCACCAAGAGAGGUCAGAGGUCACAAAGGUCCCACUCAGUUACACCCAGAGGUCAGAGGUCACAGAGGUCCCACUCAGGUACACCCAGAGGUCAGAGGUCACAGAGGUCCCACUCAGUUACACCCAGAGGUCAGAGGUCACAGAAGUCCCACUCAGUUACAUCCACAGGUCAGAGGUCACAGAGGUCCCACUCAGUUACAUCCAGAGGUCAGAGGUCACAAAGGUCCCACUCAGUUACUCCCAGAGGUCAGAGGUCACAGAGAUCCCACUCAGGUACACCCAGAGGUCAGAGGUCACAGAGGUCCCACUCAGUUACACCCAGAGGUUAGAGGUCACAGAGGUCCCACUCAGUUACACCCAGAGGUCAGAGGUCACAGAGGUCCCACUCAGUUACACCCAGAGGUCAGAGGUCACAAAGGUCCCACUCAGUUACACCCAGAGGUCAGAGGUCACAGAGGUCCCACUCAGUUACACCCAGAGGUCAGAGGUCACAGAAGUCCCACUCAGUUACAUCCACAGGUCAGAGGUCACAGAGGUCCCACUCAGUUACAUCCAGAGGUCAGAGGUCACAGAGGUCCCACUCAGUUACAUCCACAGGUCAGAGGUCACAGAGGUCCCACUCAGUUACAUCCACAGGUCAGAGGUCACAGAAGUCCCACUCCGUUACAUCCACAGACUGAACCUGAGGAUGGUGUGUCCUACGCUGAAGUCCACUACAGGAACCAGAGACCACAGCUCAGACACAAGCUCUGACUGCAGACGCUACUCCCUCACCUGCCCCAGGCCAGGACCGUGCCCUAUUGGGGCUGUGGAGGAGGCUGUGGAGGAGGCUGUGGAGGAGGCUGUGGAGGAGGCUGUGGAGGAGGCUGUGGACGAGGCUGUGGAGGAGGCUGUGGAGGAGGCUGUGGAGGAGGCUGUGGACGAGGCUGUGGAGGAGGCUGUGGAGGAGGCUGUGGACGAGGCUGUGGAGGAGGCUGUGGAGGAGGCUGUGGAGGAGGCCGCACUCGUCGAAGCCUCUUCUGGGGAAAAUAAAUAA